AUGGCUGAUGGUUCGUCUGGGUCUAAUUCUUCUUGUUGGUCCUCGUACUUACGUUCGUGCGGUCUCGUGCAGUGCUCGAAAGGACGCGAUGGGUCGGUGGCGCGCGUCCAGACCGUUAAGUACUACCCCAUCGUCGCCCUCGCCGUCAUCCUCACCCCGUCCGCCUUGCUUUCCGAAUUUUACUGCACAACACAAGUCGACGAUGACAACCUGGGCAUACCACCCAACUCCCACCCCUGGUUCCGCGAGCCCUCCCUGAAGCGCAAAACACUGGAGGACGACGACAUCUCUGUCGUCGAGUUUCCCCAGACGCGGCCCGUGGCGCAGCGUCCAAAACGUCGCAGGUGCGACAAUAUCGAGCAUGGGCUCGCACAGAUGACGCUGAACCGUUCCUCGGUCUCACCGCCACCGCCUCCAUCGAGGUUCAACCCGAUUGUCGAGCUGCCGCCUGCGGCUCAAGUACCUCAAAAUUCGUACUAUGAGUCUAUGGCGCAUGCUCCAUCAGUUCAGGAGACGAUGCCACCUCUGUUGAUGAGCGUGCCGUCGCCCGUGGUCCUCCCUGGUUCCGUCGAGGAGCCCGCGUCCCCUGAACAGACGAGGGAUGUGCCGGACGUGCGAAUGAAGAUACCCUCUUGGUACGAGGUGGAGAAGGACCGCAUCGUCAUCACAGAUUUGGAGGACUCUGAUACGGAAGACCAGGAGGAGAGGAAGGGUUCUCGCGCGGACGCAGAGUACACCGUGUCUACUGCGCUCCUCGACCGUUUACCCAUACAUGCGCCGUCCUUGCCCCCGCCUAGCUCAGACUCGGAUCCCAGUAAGGCACUCGUGCUGUUCAGACCGCUCGUCGUCGCGAGUGCCGCCGAGCGAGAGACAGAUGCAUCACCAGGGGAUGGAAGGCAGGACGAUAUGGAGUCGGAUGCACCGACGAUGGAUUUGGACACACCAAUGGAUGUAGACGAUGCCAUGGACAUUGAACCACUAUAG